AUGCGAAAGGAGUCCUUCGGCGUUCUUAUGAAUGACACGACCCGUGCCACGAAGACACGUUGGAACCCAGCGGACUCGGACCUCUAUGAGCGGCAGGAGGUAGCGCUCUCCUUGUGGGCGGAAAAACUCAAGGAGAGACAGCGGCUCUUCGCGGAGCGAGAGCACGUCUUCGAGGGCACUCGCUUGGCUCUGGGCGGGCCUCGGAGACGCCGCGUUCCCCCACCUGCUGCCUCACCUGCACCGGAGCAUCUGCCGCGGAGAGUGGACGUUUCACGCCGCGCUUCGGCCGCUCCCUCUCUCGCCACUCCGCUCCACGCUCACACAUCACCUGCCUCAUUCACCGGACCUUCAACCUCGCCACGGCACAGCGGCUCCGCCUUCCACCUCGGCUCAACAGAGGCUCCCGUGCCAGAGGCUCGGACGUGUACCCCGCCCGCUUCCUCCUCCCGGAGAAAUCGGCGCACACGCCGCCAUAAAAUGGACUAUUUCCAGCAAUUCCCGGUGGUGAGUUCCAGUGACUGUUUUCCACCCUCAUUUGACUCUCCACGUAAACCCAAUAAUAAACCCAUCUCUCAUUCAUGGGAUGUUUCCCUCCUGGAGGAUUCUGUGGACUGGGAAGAGUUUUUCUGCUCUGCUCCAAAGACUGUAAAUAGUGGUGGCAGAAAAACCAGAACAAUCUCCAAUAAACCUGCCAGUAACACACACAUCGUCACUAUUUCUACACCCAUUAUUCAGCCAUUUCCCACCAGCACGGGGGCCCAGUCUACGCCCACACCAGUGCCAGCUCCCAGGAGGAGGGCAGCUGCGACCCAGUCUACCUCCACACCCGCUUCUGUUUCUCAGGUGGGGGUGACUGGUGUCCGGCCACCUUCCGUGCCUGUCCCAGCGCCCAGGCUGAGGGCAACCAGAACCCAGCUUGACCUCCCUGGAGGCUUGGAAGAGCUAACCGGUUCACCUGCUACGUCACCACUUCAUCCACCUCCUGACCCAGCCUUUCACGCACUAGCUUUAUCCCUGGUUAGGCUGGCUGAAGUGUCCCCUGCUCAGGCACCAGCUUUACUAGCGCAGGCUGUAGCUUUAUCUCCCUGUCUAGCCCAGUCUGUAGCUCAGCCAUCAGCCACACCAACCUCAGCUCCGUCGUCAGCCUCGCCUGCCUCUGUUCCUCCCUUAGCAUCUCCACUCCAGUCAGUUCCCUCGCCUGCUGUUCAGCUUCCACUCCAGUCAGUUCCCUCGCCUGCUGUUCAGCUUCCAGCCCCGUCAGUUCACUCACCUGCUCUCCAGUCCGCUCCUGUCCAGUCACCCGUAGCUCAGUCUCCUGUCCAGUCAGUCCAGUCUGCUCCUGUCCAGUCAGUCCAGUCGCCUCCUGUCCAGUCGCCCGUCCACCAUCCUGUUCAGUUCCCGGACCUGCAGCCACAGCACCCAGAGCCAGCUGUGAGCUACCCUGCUCCUCAGCCAGGGGUUUCCGCACCCGCUGGCCCGGCCGCUUCCCUGCCAGAGGUCCCCGCACCUGCUGGUCCUGUCCUGUGUGUGCCAGGGGCUCCAGUGCCCACUGGUUCUGAGACCGUUUUCGCUGGAGGGCCCGAGGAGCCCCCUCGGCCUCGGCCUCUGCUUCGCCUGGUCCGGCCUCAGCGGCCUCGCCUCGGCCUCUGCUUCGCCUGGUCCGGCCUCAGGCCUCGGCCCGGCCUCUGCUUCGCCUGGCCCUACAGCUGCUCCUCAGUCUCCCCUGGCUCCCGCGCCGCCUUCUGCAGCUGCUCCUUGGCCGCCUUCUCCUCGUCGCCGGCAUGGUCGACCACCGCACCGGCUCAGUGGCCGCCGCCGUCUUCCUCGCUGCCGCCCCUGGAUCGACUUCAGCGUCUCUGCCGCCGUCGUGGCCGCCCGACCUGA